AUGCCAUUUAGCGGUGUUGUUCAGCAAGGCCUUGCGUUGUUGUUCAAAAACCCUCACCCAACGCAAAAGGUGCGCGACGGCUCGAGCUCCUGUCAAUGGUACGACGGCCAGCUUGUGGUCAACAGGGGUCAUCUCUUCUCCAACGCGUCUCGACCCAUUACCUCUACACGUCAAGUAACUACAAUCGGGUCUUUGCGUCGACCUUCGAUUUAUGCCGGCUUCACAAUGGCAAAUUUCUUGCGGAUGGCCAAGGUGAUGGAUGUCAAUAGCGUGGACACUCAUUCUGUCGCAGGUUCAGAUGUGAACAUGCCCGUAACUCAGCAUCUGGUGGAUGCUAGCAAUGUGUUCCCGGAAUACACCUCUUUCACAUGGGCCUCUGAGAAUCCCUUGGGUCCUCUUGAUGAACUUCCGCCUCGUCCCUCUCGUCCCAUUCUCGGCUACAGAAGCAGCGAAAGGACCGCAGACGCCUUGCUCAAGCCCACACGACUCUUCCAGCUUUCUAUCGAUUCCCAACCAGAAUACGACUUUGGCGUCGCACAGCAGACCUGGGAAGAUUGCUAUGGAGAUUACGACGACGACUCGCACAUCAUAGCUGUCAGGGAUGUCGAUAACAUUCGCCACCACAUUCCAUCUCAUCCUCCCGGGGAGCUCUAUUGCACCCAUGCCGGGUUCUCCGGCGUCUCAUCCAUCUGCGCUGAAGCGCAUCAAGAGCAUCAGAGGCCUGAGCUCAUCACGGAAGUGAUUGGAGAAAUUGAAGAGUUCUUGUUUGACCAUAAACUUGGAGACUUUCAGGAGGUACUUGCUAGAGACCACCGUACGAGGGAAUACUUCAUUGCAUGCAAAGAGCCUCUGCCCCUACGAGUGCCGGCGAAGAACAAGCCAAGCAUUCAUACAAGCCAACCUGUCUACCCAAACGCUGAGGCAAAGCCAUUGUUCACCAUAAACGAGGAAGACAAUUACCACGGAAAUGGACCUUUCAAUCGGUCGACUUUGCCUACGGCCCUUCCUUGGACAAAGCACAACGUGAAGGGUCCAGCCACCCUGCGCGCUCGUGGCAACAAAAAUCCGACUGGGCCCAGAGAUAUUGAGCAUGCCAGAAGACAACAAACCAGGUUGCGCCCAGAUUCGCCUCCAUUUCUCGGUCCUCUCUACGACGAGAGCGCAUUUGGAACCCCUGUGAUACCCUUUCUACCCACCGUCGAGCCUCGUCAGCUCUUAUUUCCUUCGCCCAAUUCGAUCGCUUACCUUGAGCACGACCCUUCACACGGGACCGACCUCGACACUGAUGAUAUCGCUACGGUGAUUGAGGCUCCCGCUGGUGCUGCUGGUGUUUCUCAAUGGGAUGAAGAAGAUUCCAUAGACUUCUUGCUCGGCCCCAUCGAAGGCGUGCCGCUUUCUGUGCCACCACACAGGGUGCUCCCCCAGCCGCAAAGCCCCUCGUUGAACCGAGGCGUUGUGCUCGACUGGCUGGGAGACUCAAACACUGUCAGCGGUGCCAAAGAUGCAACCAGCAAUAGCGAGGCUGAUGCUCCUCGUCCCCGUCGUCAUCGAGACGCUGAUGCCAGUAGCAAUGACGAAGUUGAUACCCCUUGUCCGCUAUGUGCUCAAGAUGUCGAUGCUCGCAUCAAUGCCAGCAUCGAUGCUCUGGUUUACCCGAUUGUGCAGCCUGAGAGCGACUUCGCGUAUUAUGGAGAUGACUUCCUUCACGAAGUCAUGACUGCUGUGAGUGAGACCCGAGCGACUGACCUAGAUGAACAACUUCGGCUCCUAGGUUCAGUCUAUCCUAGCAGAAUCCUUCUGUGGCCUUUGCACCACCCCUCCACGGAAAUUGAACCAGAGAAUGCAUCUCGAGAGGGCGACGAGCGUAGUCGCUCGACUCCCAUAUUACCCACCACUGAAGAGCUUCCUGAGAGCCCCAAGUACUUUUCGUGAAAUUCUGCUGGCUGAUACUAGCUGUCCAUGCUUGCGAAUUUGGCGUCGAGAGGCUGGCCGAGACAAGAGAGAGCACUGUAACGUGAACACCAACGAUGCCACCAUUGUAAGAUUAGAGUCUCUGAAUGAUUGCAGAUGCUUUCUUACCGUUAUGAGACCCAAGAACGACCGAGUAUCAAGUAGACUAGCUAGACUGAUUGAUUAGAUGCCCCGAGAACAAGGUUGAUGGACAUAGUGGACAACCCGAAGAGUUGAUAAUGGAGCUGAGGCAUGGAGACAUGGAGUAUAAUGUUGCUGAAGUGAUGGGCAAAUGAGACUUAGAUGGGCUUUGGUAACUGGCUGUUUGGGUUUUUCUGGCCGCGUUCUGCGAAAUUGCUAUGAAUUUGUGCUAGGUUGGAGGCCGGGAGCUUGGUUUGGCAAGGCGGCGUUUCGGCUUUUUCUUCUGCUUUCUGAUCC